AUGCUCCUUCAUCCUGUCUACAGGAUACUCGCUGCGGCUCUCCCCCUAGCCGCAUUCUGUGCGGCCAGCAGCGAUACCUCCGAUGAAACGAACACUGCUCUUUGGGACAUGGUCCCCAAUUGUGCUCGAAACUGCACAGAGAACUUUAUAUCGUCCCAGUACACUUCGGCGGAGUGUAACGACACAUCGAAUAUCAAAUGUUUGUGUCGCUCACAAACAGUUGGCAAUCUCACCAUCGGGGAAGGGGCGCUGAGUUGUGUGUAUGCCUUAUGCUCGGAGACGGUUAAGGAAAAUACCGAUGUUUAUCAUAUUUGCGACUCGGUAUCUGGGGCUCUGGCCGAGACAUAUGCGACCAUCACCGCAACCACAUUUGCCAGUGUGUUGUCGCUUGCGACGACAGAGACGACGACAACCAGCGGAACUUCAACAAGUUCAACUACAGCAACAUCCACUACAAAAAAAUCGUCAUCUGAAACCCAGUCUACGGCUUCUUCAACGACAUCUGAUGGAGCGGCCCUAAUUACUUCCUACCACCCAUCAACCUCAGCAUCCGAUGUGCUAUUCACUACCUCUGAUACAUCAACUACAACAUCCACAAGUUCCCCAACGACUGCAGCUGGAAAGAGCAGUAGCAAUGGGAUUAGUCCAAGCACAGUCAUCGGGGUAUCUGUUGCUUCUGGCGUGGCCGGUUGCUUCAUAAUAGGCGUGGCGGUAUUCUUCUGCGUGAAGAGAUGGAGGAAGAGACAUCAGACAGACUUUGAAAUUGGAGGAGACAUGUCCGAACCUUCUGAUUUCUCAAACCCACCAUACUCGCGAGGACCUUCGCCGAUUUCAAAUCCGGGGCCGCCGGCUUUAAACGUCAUGCGACGUCCCCAGGAGAUGUCUCAAAUGUCGCUACCAUCGCGUUCUUUGGAGUCAUCGCCAUUUCCUCCAAACUCCACUGCUCCGGGAAUUCGCAUGGUAGAAACACCACGGGAUGAAAACAAUCAGCGAAUAGGCUGCGCUGUUACCUCUGAAUCAGACUGGGAAGGCUCCCCGAGAACAGUGGAUUCGCAACACACCAUGGCAGAGCUACUGCCAACCCAAACUACCGGCUUAUAUCCCAAACCACUGAAGUUUUGGCAUCGACCACCCAGCUCAGGUACUGUAUUCGAAGAGGACGAAAACCAUGUCAUGGCAAACAAAGACCUACCUCCUCUACCGAGUACAUGGAAGUAUCCGAAACCAGGACCCCGACCUGUGAUUAUGGGUCUACCGGCCAACCCUCGAGCUGCCAAAGAGGGAUUCCCAGCAUCAAAAUUUCGGCGCGUCAAACCCCAAACUCAACAGACAAGCCCCAUACAACCCCAAUCACCCCGAGAAAAACCAGCAGGCCCCCGCACUCUAGGAACCCCAUUCUCCACAACCCGAAACCAAAAACGCAGAUCAAUGAUCUCAAACAGCAGCAGUGGCCGGAAUGACAGCUCCGGAUUAUCAGAUCACACCUCCAACACCUAUCUCACAACACCACUCAUCACUACCGCACAGGGCCGUAUCGUCAGUGGCACGGCCCAAAGAAAACCCAACCCCCCAUCCCCAAGCAUCUUAGCCCCGGCACCAGACAUCGUAUCACGCCCCCGAAUCGUCCGCGCAGAAGACAUCACGCGUGUCCCACUGGGAGAACAUCCACCCAGUGAAGUCGUUGUACCCUACUGUCCCGAAGACUUCUGGCUCGAACGUGGCCGGACCAAUCCUUCCUCUCGAACCGUCUCUACCGAGCUUCCCUACCCAUCAGAGAUGUUCCCGGGUGUGGUUCUAUACCCGGACAGUCCGAAGAAACGACCCGAAGAUGCGCCUGUGAGGGUAUCGCCCACAAGUCGGAAUUUGACUCCGUCUAGAAGAGGGAAUGACUUGAUUCUUAGCGUCGAUUAG